UUGCUUGCACAGCUUCUUCUACUCUGCUACUAAACACACAAUCAAGAAACACCAAUUGCCUCCAUACAGCUUCAGUUGCACACCAAUAAUUUCAUCCCCUUUACUUUUUAUCAUUCAUAAAUUAGAUAAUUCACUAUCUAUCUCAUCUUUUCAAUAGAAUAUGAAUUAAAACAAUUAGCUCUGAUGAAAUUAUCAACUCCUGUCUUAACAGUGCCUUAAUUAACUUUUGAUCACAAGCAGUAAAACAUGGGAAGAUAAAAUCAAAGGCUUCUUCCUCCCCAAAGAGAGAAACAGAUCCCAAGAAAAGAAUAGUUAUAACUGGGAUGGGCCUUGUUUCUGUUUUUGGAACUGACAUUGAUGUUUACUACAACAAACUGCUUGCUGGAGAGAGCGGUAUCACUCCCAUCGACAGAUUUGAUGCUUCGAAUUACCCUGUUAGGAUCGCAGGGCAGAUUCGCAGCUUCUCUUCAGACGGGUACAUCAACGGGAAGGAUGAUCGCCGCCUUGAUGAUUGCUGGAGAUACUGUUUGGUUGCUGGCAAAAGAGCUCUUGAUGAUGCUAACCUUGCCAACCAAGUUGUUGCAACUAUGGACAAGUCAAGAAUGGGAGUGUUGGUAGGAUCAGCAAUGGGAGGCACUUCGGUUUUUAGCAAUGGAGUGGAAACAUUGUUUCAAAAGGGGCAUAGAUAGAUAACACCAUUUAUGAUCCAUUAUAUAAUAGCAAACAUGGGGUCUUCACUUCUAGCUAUAGACACCGGCUUCAUGGGGCCUAAUUACAGCAUUGCAUCAGCUUGUUCUACUGCAAACCAUUGCCUCAUUUCUGCUGCAAACCACAUUAGACGAGGCGAUGCAGAUGUUAUGGUGGCUGGUGGGACAGAUGCUUCAGUCCUCCCGAUUGGAAUCUCAGGCUUCAUAGCCUGCAGAGCCUUGUCUCAGCAAAACGACCAACCACACAAGGCGUCCAGGCCGUGGGCCAGAGACCGCGAUGGCUUUGUCAUGGGAGAAGGUGCCGGUGUUUUGAUCAUGGAAAGCAUGGAGCACGCAAUGAAAAGAGGGGCUAAGGUUUACGCGGAGUAUUUGGGAGGCGCAACUACAUGUGAUGCUCAUCACAUGACAAAUCCACAACCCGAUGGGCUUGUCGUUGCGUCUUGCAUAAUCAAAGCUUUGGAAGAUGCGCGAGUGUCUACUCAAGAGGUUAACUAUGUGAAUGCUCAUGCAACAUCAAGCCCUGCUGGAGAUUUGGCUGAGAUUAGAGCAAUCAAGAAAGUAUUCCACAACAACUCUCACUUGAAGAUCAAUGCCACCAAGUCGAUGAUUGGACACGCGCUUGGGGCUUCCGGUGGAUUGGAAGCAAUAGCUACGAUCAAAGCAAUCAAGACUGGGUGGUUGCAUCCCACAAUCAACCAAGAUGUAGUAAUUUUCUGCAACUAUUUAUGAAUCAAAUAAUCAAGUGUUGUUAGAGCGUGAUUGUUAACUAAGUCCAAGUGUGUUUAGGAUUUGGAAGAUGAAGUCACCAUUGACACUGUCCCAAAUGUA